AUGUUUGCCUUCGUUUCAUCAUUCACCGCCUUCCGCCCGUCCUUCAGUGCCGCGGCUCUAUCUGCUCCAAGCACGUCGGCCCGCCCGGCUGUGACGAUGGUUGCCAGCAGGGCCAUCCCGUUCCUCGAGGCCCCCUCUAAGCUCGACGGCUCCCGCAUCGGCGACAGCGGCUUUGACCCGCUCUACCUCUCUGACUACCUCGACCAGGAUUAUGCCGCCGCCGGUGAAUUGAAGAACGGGCGAGUUGCCAUGCUCGCCACAGUCGGUAUGCUAGUACAGGAGUUCGUGCACCUCCCAAACCCCAUGUUCGCCGAGGCCAACCCCAUCAAGGCUAUCUAUGCCGUGCCCGUUGAAGGCUGGGUUCAGAUUCUUGUGGCUAUCACUAUCAUUGAGUUGGCUACUUUCAAGAAGACCUACGAGAGUGGUGCCGACCUCGGCUUCGACCCUCUCGGGAUGGGCUCCAAGGGCAACAUGGAGGAACUCAAGCUGAAGGAACUGAAGAAUGGUCGUUUGGCCAUGCUCGCAAGUAUUGGUUUUAUCUUCCAAACCAUCACUACUGGCAAGCCCAUCAUCGCUCAGCUCACUACCCUAGGACAGUGAGCAAUAUUUCGCAUCCUCACUGCUGCGGUACCAUGCCUUCCCCAGCUUGACAGUCCAUGUCAUUGGGUGUGUGACACAUUAGACCAAACCUGCCCUUCUCGUUUUCGCCCCGCGAAAUAAGCUCUGUGUGAGGAGCGCCUACUGUACUUACGAACUCAUAAAAUUUUUUCCACGCUAUGUUCACCGCUUUGAGAAUCUCGCACACUA